AUGGCGCCCUCGCGUAUUCCACUAGCCAGUGGUACUUCAUUCAUCCAGAUCACUUUGAAUGGUUCCUUCAUCAAAGGCUCGCCCACUGUCACCUCACCCAAGCUCGACAAGGCAGCUCGAGUCUCCAAGAAGUCACCUCCAUCCAAGCCAAAGUCCAAGGCCAAGUCGACCCGCCCAGAGGCCUCCGAUCGAGUGCUAACCGAUGUGCUGAUGGCCAUCCGGCCGGUGCACCUUGGGAACAUCAUCAGCCAACAGAAGAACCACGAAUACCGCAAGUACCGACUUCGUGAUGGAGUGAGACGACUAUGGUUCUACGAGACGAGCGACGGUGGCCAGGGUCAGGCAUCUAUUACGCACAUCGCGGUUAUCCCCCCGACCACGCGUCAUGAACCCGGCUCUGUGCCCACCGAGCCCUUCGGCAUAGGCAACGAGGAAUUCAACGCCGGGCUAAAGCAGUCGAAGUACGGAUACCCCGUACUCGAAGUCCAUGAACUGGUCCGCCCAGUGACGUUGACGGAGAUGAAGGAUCGAUGGGGCAUGGGACCCCCCCAUGGGCUGGCGGUAUGUCGAGCGAAAUAUGUGGGAGGACAGAUGGGGUGA